AUAUUAUCUUCCUUUCUAGUCUAUGUUUCCUUUUGAAGUAUUUAACCCAGUGCUUGUAUAAAUUUAAAUUAAACUGAAUGGUGUGUCUCUUUCUUCUAUUUACUGAAUUUCUGUUAGUACGAUUAUGAAAGCUCCAUCUACUAAGGACAAUUCUGAGGUAUACAAACAGGGAAGCAAACUCAGUGAGCUCGACCCAUGAACCAUUUGAUUAUUUAGGAUUGUUGCUCUUUAGACUCGGUUUUGGGAACACUUGCCAAGAGCUAAUAAUGAAAACUUAGCGACUGAACUUUUCUGAUGGGCAUAAAUGCUAACCAAUAGCGAGCCAAAAGUAAUUUUUUUUGUACUAAAUAAAUAUAAAAUCAUUUACCGCCCAGUUCAACAUGAAGAGAAGGAAAAAAAAAGAAGAUUCUUGUGAAUCCAGUUUCCUCUAUUUGCGUGGUAUUUAGGUUCUCGAACUCUUGUUAUUUUUUUUAUUAUGAAUUGAUGCUUGAAUCAAGUCUGGAACUUUGGUUGAGUUAGCAGGAUUAGCUUCUUACAAUCAUCAUUAAACUUUCUGAUCGAUUAGGUUUUAAUAGACUAAAAUGUGGAGUUAAUAGAAAAUAUUCCUUAUUCUUUACUUGUACUUUAACCAUUCGUAAUUUUUGUUCCACAUAUAGUUCAUAGCUUGAUUUUCUCAUUUUGUAUUCCAAGAAAGUAUCUCUCUCUUCUUGUGUUGCGGCUUUGCCUCACUUUCUUUAAUUUGAUUGCUCUAAACCCAAUCUGCAAGUCUUGCAGUAAAGACAAUCUGUGGAAAGCAUCACUUUCUAUGUAGUGCAACCGAGAUUUUUCUUUACUUUUUCAUAAUUGUAUUGGUUCACAAUCACAUAGUCUUUUCUGGGCCUUUACUUCUCUAGUCCUCGCAGAAGGUGUUUAACGUUUUCAACCCAAUCCUGGUUUUGGUGUGAUCCCUUCAGCUACCUGAAUUCUGGAUUUUGAUUGUGAAGCCGUUUACGUCACUGGAUUGGUAGUGGAGUUUACUUUGUUAAGAGAUUGCAUUAUCUCCUCUUGUAUAUUUGUUUUUAUUUCCUACACUAUGUUAUAGUUUUAUACUCUUUUGAAUCAGGGACUAAGGUGGUAUACAAUCAAAGAAGAUCACUUAUAGUAUGAACUGAUUUGGGACAUAGAAGUUGGGACAGGUUUCUUUUGUUUCAUCAGCAUUUUAAUACUUGGUAUCAACCGAUAGACUAUUAAUAAGAUUCUGAGAUGAAAUUUUGUUCCUGAUUCUUGAGCAAAACAAGACUAGUUUUAUAAUUAUUAGAUAGCCACAACUGAUUUUAAUUAGGGUUUGUGUUUACACAUAAUUUUUCAUCUAUUGGACUUUGUAAUAUGUAUUACUAUUUCUUUGUGUUUAUACACAUGAUAUGAUCAAAAUCUCUUUUGGCUAACUAAACAUGAACCAAAGUUUCUUUUUGUUGGUAAUUUCAUUUUCUUCAACUAUCUUUUCUUCUGACACGAGGAGAGAACCCACAUGAGCGACGUGGACAACACACGAGAAAUCUGAAAUCUCAUAAGCUCAACAACACAACACCCUAAAGUAAAGAAACAGCUGUUAAAUUUGCAUACAAAGAUCUCACCUUGACACACAACACUACAAAGAGAAUCGUAUAUUUAAAUAUUUAUUGGUCAUUUUAAUAACUUAACUAAUACGAUGUUUGAUGUUUCGGCCAAAAAAAAAGAACUAAAACACAUUAAAAAAAAUAUCAUAAAAAGUAAACUAAAUAAUAAAUCACCUGUUAUCAGAAAUCUGUAAUAUAAAAUUAGUCAUAAUUUCUGAUUAAAAUAAAGUUAAUUUAUAAAUAACAAAAUAUCAUGAAAAUUUCUAUAACAUAUCUUACAUUUUGAAUAAUAUGUGACUACAAACUCAAUGUAGAACUAAAAAUAUCUAGAGUGACAAAAUCAAGUUGAUCAAGAAAAUAAAAGAUGUCCAUUUGUAAAUCAACCUUUUGUAAACAUGUAAACAACCCAUCACCCAUCUUGAUCUUCUUGCAUUUUGCAACAAUGAACGUAAUUUUUUAAAAUAAUAGAAUCAAUGGAGUUGGUUGAUCGACUACGGCGCUAAUUUGGGAUCAUUAGAAGUUCACAAUAUGUAGAAUCAAAAACCUUGUUUUAUUAAAAAAAUUGAAACAUAUUAUAAUCAGGUUAACUAAUCAGUCACGUAGAAAAAAAAAUACAAUUUUCUUUGGACGGUGAAUUCAUAACUGUUUUUCCAGCGAAUCCAUUUCAAUGAGUUGUGUGUAUCAAACUCAAAAGUCGAAACCCGUGUGAUCAUUAAUACUGUUCACGUUUCUUUUCCCUUUUUGGUGAAAGAAUGCGGUAAGAGAGACGUUACAUUUCGUGAAAAUACGAUUUUAAACAAUAUUUCUCCAAGCCGAAGCAGUAAGAACAUUAUUAUUGCUUCAUGUUUUUUUUUCAGUUUUUUGGGACAAUUAUUUUAUAUAAAUUUAAAUAUUGUUCCAAAAUAUAAAUUUAAAUAUUUUUUUGUAACAUAUAAAUUUAAAUAUAUCCUGCCAAAUAUACGUCCCAAUACAGCGAAUUAACUUCACAAUUAAAAAGAAAAUGAAAUAUCAAAUUUUGUAGUCCACUAAAUUUUUUUUUUUUUGGUUUAAUGUAGUCCACUAAUUUGUUAACUAUAAUCGUCUCAUGUUGUAUUUAUUUCCUUGUUGUUCGAAGUCAGAAGUUAUUUUUGGUUAGAUAUGAAUAACUUAGAUAUUAUGAAUUUUACAUGGCUGUUUCGUAUUUAGUGAUUAACGUGGCAUUUAGUUUGCGUAAUGUGAUUUAAAACCCAAUUUGUAAAAUUAGUUGUCCCCGUGCAAUAAAAGGAAGGUAUACAUGUGUUAUGUGUCAACGUUGGUACGGCUUUCAAGGAUCCAAAAUGUCAACUUUAGUUGAGAUAUUCAUAACUUGUUAAAGACUUCUUUUUUAUAAGAAAAAAUUUAUAUGCUUUAGACUGUAUUAUAUUUAUCACCAGUAUGUUUCCUAAUGAAACCUUGUAUCGUUUAUGGUUUAUCAUAAUACAAUUUGAGUUUGUGUUCGUGUAGAUUGUUUACAUAUGUUUUAUUGGUCAUAUAUAUGAUCAAUAACUUAUUGUGCUGUAAAAUAAAAGUUCGUCUAAGGACUACAUAUUUAAUCUCUUUUUGACCUAAUACAAAGUGAUUAACUAAUUCUAAUUCCUCGCAUACAUAAUCAAUGUGAUAAAAAAACUAGUGGUAUGAUUUAAUUAUGUUCGACUAAUUCGUGUAACUAAAAUGUGUAUGUCCUCUACUUUUGUAUUUAGUUAGAUAACACAACGUUAAUUUGUAACUAAGGAUCUAGUUUUUCGAACUAUAUAACAAUAUUAGUUUACAUUGGAUGACACAUGCAUAGUAUUAUACAAUGCAAUGUUAAUAUCUAAGAAUAAUAAUUUGAUCUCAUAUUUUAUAAUUAGUAAAAUUAUGGAACGUAUAAUUUGUUUUUAUGGAACGUAUGUUAGUUUAGUAUCUUUUUCAGUAACUUUUGACUUCAUAUUUUCGAUCUUGUGAAUAAAAUAGAAAAAGGUAGUUCAAUUAAUAUCAACAUCAAUAUUUGCACGUCAUGUGAAACCCAUCAAUCUAAUCUUUCAUCACUUGCCACAAGAGAAUAUUAUUAUGUACCUAUUAAAGGUAAUUAUGUAAAAGUAUAUAGACAUAUAGAGGUAACAAAGUAACAUCAGGAGGGUUUUAUAUUUGUUGGGAACGUCGAAUAGAGUUUUUUUUUUUGUAUUUUUUACAAACAAUAAUCGUUAAAAGUAAAAGAAAAUCAUUACGAGAUAAACAGAAUAAAAUGACCAUUAAGCGAAAUUGCAAAAGGAUAUUUUAUUUUCUCAUCAGAAUGUAAAAACAUCAAAAUAGAUUUGAACCCUAAUAUAAUCAUGAUUUUGUAAAAUCAUGCGACAAGUAAAAAAAAUUACGAAUCGAAACCUAAUAAAUGAAAUUCUCGUAGUUCAACCAACACAAUCACACGUAUUAACAAGUAUGAACGCAAACCAUAGAUCCCCAUCACUCUAUAUAUACACAUAUACACACACACAAAGAGCUAUAUAUAGAGAGUAGCACAAUAACAACACAUUCUAUUACAAAAAGAGAGAGAAAAAAAUAUAGAACCACUUUCUCUCCCUCAAAAUGUCCAACAAGGUUCACGUAGGAAGCACUGAGAUGGAGGAAGGUUUGAGAAAUAACAAGUGGAAAGUGUUAGAACCUUCCGAGAAAAUCAAAAAGAUUCCGAAAAGGCUUUGGGAUGUCGGAAAAGAAGAUCCAAGAAGGGUAAUACAUGCCCUUAAAGUAGGUAUUUCCUUGACACUUGUCUCUUUGUUAUAUCUCAUGGAGCCUCUCUUCAAAGACAUUGGGAGCAAUGCGAUUUGGGCUGUCAUGACCGUCGUCGUCGUUCUCGAGUUCUCUGCCGGUGCAACGUUGUGCAAAGGGCUUAACAGAGGAUUAGGAACACUAAUCGCAGGAUCUUUGGCAUUUUUCAUUGAGUUUGUUGCUAAUGAUUCGGGAAAAGGUCUUCGAGCUAUCUUCAUUGGCACUGCUGUUUUUAUCAUUGGAGCGGCUGCAACAUAUAUAAGGUUUAUACCGUAUAUAAAGAAGAAUUACGAUUAUGGUGUUGUGAUAUUUCUCUUGACGUUCAAUCUCAUAACGGUUUCAAGCUAUAGAGUAGACAGUGUGAUAACCAUAGCACACGAUAGAUUCUACACUAUAGCUAUCGGUUGCGGAAUAUGUCUUUUCAUGAGCCUUCUUGUUUUUCCUAUUUGGUCCGGUGAAGAUCUACACAAGACCACCGUCGGUAAACUCCAAGGCCUCUCUCGCUCUAUAGAAGCAUGUGUGAGUGAGUACUUUGAGGAAAAAGAGAAAGAAACAUCAGAUUCAAAAGACAGAAUCUAUGAAGGGUAUCAAGCUGUUUUGGAUUCUAAAUCCAUUGACGAAACACUGGCAUUAUAUGCAAACUGGGAGCCAAGACACACGAUACGAUGUCAUAGAUUCCCAUGUCAACAAUAUGUGAAAGUUGGAGCUGUUCUUCGUCAAUUUGGUUACACUGUUGUUGCUCUUCACGGUUGCUUACAAACUGAGAUCCAAACUCCAAGAUCUGUUCGCGCUCUUUUCAAAGAUCCUUGUGUAAGAUUAGCCGGAGAAGUGUGCAAAGCUUUGUCGGAACUCGCCGAUAGCAUCUCAAACCACCGUCACUGUUCGCCUGAGAUUCUCUCCGAUCAUCUUCACGUGGCACUCCAAGACCUUAACUCGGCUAUCAAGUCUCAGCCUAAACUCUUCCUCGGCUCCAAUCUGCAUCGUCACAACAAUAAACACCAAAACGCAGUUUCACAACGCAACCGUGCAAACGACGUUUCAAACAAAACUACGGAGAGUACUGGUUCACGUCAAGGCCAAAGCGGCGCCGUUUCGCUGUCUAGCUUCAGGACGGACACGUCAGCUUUGAUGGAGUACAGGAGAUCGUUCAAGAACAAUAAUAGGUCGGAGACGACGUCGGCGGCGGGAGAGAGGAGGAUGUUACGGCCGCAGCUGAGUAAAAUAGCGGUGAUGACGAGCCUUGAGUUCUCGGAGGCUUUGCCGUUCGCGGCGUUUGCGUCGUUGCUGGUGGAGAUGGUGGCGAGGCUUGACAAUGUGAUAGAGGAAGUGGAGGAGUUGGGAAGGAUCGCAUGUUUUAAGGAGUAUGACAACACGCGUGAUCCGACGGCUGACGAUGUCCGGUGCGAAAAACCGGCGAAUGUUGUGAUCAGUGUCGGCGCCGCGGAAUAAUUUUAUUUUAUUCAUCCGAUCGUUAUAACGACGAAUUGAUUAUGGGGUUCGAUUUUAGGUGUAUAUUUGAAAAUGAUAGAGACUUAUUCAGCCGAUCGUUCUAACGACGAAUCGAUUAUGGGGUUCGAUUUGGUUCGGUUUGAUUCAUCCGAUCGGUAUAUUUUUACAAUAGAAAAAAUCUAAAAAAUAUUUUUUAACUUUAUAAAUUAAUAAAAGAUCAUAUUUUACAAUACUA